UCGUCCUUCUCGCCUGCAGCUCUUGUUCUAAUGUUCUCUCAAAGGCGCUGGGCGUGACAUGCGGGCCAAACUAGCGCCGAAGGGUCCGAAGCGGAGGAAGGGGAAACUGAGGCCCAAGGAAUUUGUGUGCUUUUCCUAAGUCACAAAGCUGAGUCCGACCCACGCUCUGGGACUCCCACUUUAUCGCUCGGAAGAAUCUUCCCGGUUCUUGUCUUCUCAUUGCGUCCUCCAGUCUUCCUAGUAAGCACACAGCCCCAAGACCACUCUUGACGCCUUCAGCCGUGCUAUGCAUGCCAGAGGUCCCCCUGGCCCACUGUCCCCGGCGCUGCCUCUUGCCUCCUCUGUCCUGAUGCUGCUGCUGAGCUGCCUGUGGCUGGUGGGGGCUGGCCCCAGCCUUGCCCUGGCCCCAGAGCUGCUGCUGGACCCUUGGCAGGCACACCGUCUGCUGACCCACGUCCUGGGUCACACAGCCCUACCUGGCCUCCUCCUGAGCCUGCUGCUCCUGCCCACACUGGGCUGGUGGCAGGAGUGCCACCUGGGCACGCUGCGGUUCCUGCAUGCCUCUGCCCUGCUCGCCCUGGCUGCCGGGCUAAUGGGUGUGCUGCUGGCAGGCCUCGGGGUACCCAGCGCAGCUGGUGGCUGUGGCUACAUGCCUGUCCACCUGGCCAUGCUGGCGGGGCAGGGUUACCACCCUAGACAGCCCCAGGGGGUACUGCCACCGUGGCUGCUGCCGUGGCUGCUGCUUGCCUUGACACCAGUGCUCAGCUCCGAGCCACCCUUCCUGCAGCUAUUGUGCGGCCUCCUUGCUGGCCUCGCCUAUGCAGCCGGGGCCUUCCGGUGGCUGGAGCUCUCUGAGCAGCGGCUGCAAGCACUGCAGGAGGGCAUCUUGUGCAGGGCCCUGGCAGAGUGCUGGCCGGUCAGACUCCUUCCUACCCCAGGCAGCCUGGCCGAGCUGCCGGUCACCCAUCCUGCCGGAGUCAGGCCUCCCGCCCCCGGACCUCUUUACACAGCCUCCCCUAGCCUCUGGUCCCGCAGUGAAGGCUCAGUUCACCUCCCGCCAGGCCUAGGGCCUGUGCAGCUGACCUGGGAGGGCUCCUCUGAGGUGGGCCUGGCCUGGACCGGGCCCGUCUUCUCCCCAGGGACCCCGCUGUGGGCAGCCCUGGAUGAGCAGAUGCUGCAGGAGGGGAUCCAGGCCUCACUCCUUGAGGGGCCAGCCCAGUGUCCUGAGAGCCCGCUACGGCUGCCUAAGUCCUCUGUCUCCUCUCUGCGGUUGCAGCAGCUGGAGCGCAUGGGCUUCCCCACAGAGCAGGCAGUGGUGGCGCUGGCAGCCACGGGCCGAGUGGAGGGUGCCGUGUCCCUGCUGGUUGAGGGGGAGGUGGGCACUGAGGCCUUAGUGACUCAGGGGAGGGGUGGACCCGCCCACCCUGAGGGCCCUGGUCCCCCCUAGC